ACCAAGUCGUCCAUCGAUGUUGUACUUGUUGUUGUGGUUGUUGUUGCUGUUGUAUUGUAGUCUGCUGUCUGCUGUCUGAGGAUCUCAGAGAAGGGUGGUUCGUCCCCCCCUUAUAUACCCUCCCCCUCCAAGAGAUAGGGCGAAAAUCAACGUAGGUUGGAGACGUAGAUAGUCUUCACAUACGACUCACUCUCAGCAGAGUUUGAUUGGAUGUGUAUCCCAUCAUACGAUGUCCGCUCCCGAUGUUUCGAUUUUCCCACGAUAUCUCAAGCGUAUGACGUCGUAUGGCAAUGGGAGUGGUACCAUUCGGUUUGUCUCACUCAGGCGCAUCGAUUGCACCCCUUCCCGACUCCGUAGCGUCCAAUUUGAAAAAAAGACCGUGAACGUUGUAUAGUGUUGAUCCAAGCGUCGGAUCGCUGAAAAGAUUUCGUAAUCGUAAUCGUAGGGCUUUGUUAUCCCUUGCCACCAAUUCUCAGCUCGAUCCGACCUUAUCUGAGGUAUUUUCUUUGUUGUGC